AUACGCGUGUAAAAUUCAGUUUCAUCGACGACGCCGACGCCGACGCCGACGCCGACGCCGACGCCGACGAUGCUCCAAAGUCUCGUACUCGUAUAUGGGUGGGUACUGGGUAUAUGGGUAAAUUGAGUGUACUUACCUACUCCUAGUCGCGGUUGUCGAUGUUUCCGUACCUCUACAUAUACCUAUACCUACGUAUAAUGAAAUGAUGAUCGACACAAAAAUUAAAUAGGUACGUGUAAAAAAAAAAGGAAUAAGCGCGUGCAUUUUUCAACGGCUGCUGCGACUGCACUUUGCAGUAGGUAUGCGUUGGCGCUUUGUCAAUUUGGUGAACUAAGAAACCAGAACCCAGAACCAACACUCAAAAUCGUAUAUUUUAUAUAAGUACCUACUCGUAUACCUGUAGAGUGUAGGUACUACGAGUAGGUAGGCACAAUAACUUAGCUCUUCGAUUGCACCCACAUUUGUCGGUAUCCAGCAACCCAGCAACCCAGCAACCCAGCCUAUUGCCUAGACGUCUAGACGUGCCUCUACAAGCGCAUACGCAUACACUCGAAUCGGCUACCAGUUACAUAAAGUGCCCAGCAGUCCAGCACCCCAGCACCCGAUCCCUGCUCCUAGCCACUUGCCACGCUAUAAUUCGAUUUUCUACCUUGAUACCGCUCUUUACUUACUCGCAUGCAUGCGAUAAAAAAACGUUUAAAAAAAACUGAAAAACUGAAAUUGGCUAAAUUACUUGUACGUAGGUAUUAUGUAUUCUUUUACGCCUGUACACGAGUGCCCAGACCGACCGACCGACCGACCUACCUACCUAUCUAUCUAUCUAUCUAUCUAUCUAUCUAUCUACAGGGUGGCCAGAAAUAUCGGGUACCCCUAAGAAAGUUUUUCAUUAAAAAUAUAGGUUGGCAACGUGAAAUAGAUGCAUAUGAUUGGUGGAAUGUUAUCUCUCCAGUCCAACAACCAAUCAUGUGUUCUCAUUAUUAUCAUUCACUGUGACCAACCCAAGUAUUUAGUAGAAAACUUUUUUAGGGGUACCCGAUAUUUCUGGCCACCCUGUAUCUAUCCCUCUGUAAUCGUACGCGUAUGUUGGAAGUGAUAAUUCUGAGCUAGGUAGUUGUACAAGUAGAGUACCUAACUACCUAUGCACGUUCACGUAGUAGCCGAGCUCGAAGCCAAGCCUGAAGCCACAUUUCGCAAAUUUUAUGAGGUUGGCUAUGACGUACGCGUACUCGUACUCGUAUGUAUAGUGUACAAGUGUACAUACGUAGGUACGUAUAGUUGCUAGUUGGUACUUGGAGUACCUACACGAGUAAGUAUCGUCUAUCGACUAUCAUGCGUAGCAUAUAGGUUUAGGUAGGUAAGUACAAAUACUUGUACUUGGGUACGGCGUGGCGCAGCGCCGCCGCGGGCACGAAAUGACCGCAAAUGUAUCGUACAUUGGGAUUGGGACGCAGUGAGGCGAGGUGAGGCGAGGUGCGACGGUAAAUUGAUAAGUAAAUACUCGGACCUUACUCGUAUAUACAUUACAUACGUAUACGUCUACGUCUACGUAUCGUAUCGUAUCGUAUCGUAUCGUAUAAGGACAAGUCUUAUCAGUGGCACUGGCAUUAUCUUGACUUAGGUACGGUAGACGUUAGACGUUAGCAGUUAGCUGCUCCAAACGAAAUGCAAAAUGUAUGCCGUUCCUUCGGAAAACGAUUUGAUUUCUUCCAAGCAAGCGACUGACGAUGAAUUUUUAAUAUUAUACGGCUUAUUACUACUACGUGAGUAUCUCAUUCUCAAUCUCAACAUAUCCUAAUAUGUAUACGUGUAGAUGUGUAGAUAUAUGUACAUAGAUAGGUAGGUAGAUACUUUGUUAGCAAACUUGUGCUGCAACUGCACAGCACCGGCUUAGGAAGUUUGGACAGUGAACACGACACUGAUACAUGGACCUACGCCUACGCCUACACUACAAACUGCUCGUAGAUCUACGCAGCGCAGUCAGAAACAGAAACACGCUAAUACGCAUUUUCCCAAAAACAAGUUUUCGCCUCAAUUUUUAACGAGAAUACUCGUAGAAAUCCUCUCGCUGCAUGCCCCAGAAAUGAGAAUUUCCACUCGAUCGCCGAUCGCAGAUCGCAGAUCGCUACAGAUUCGUCAAAUUGACAGCGUUACAGGUUGGAUUAAUGUGCAUCGAAAGCAGCCGAGUACGCGAUAAAUACACUUCCGAUGUAUUUUUGAAAGUGUUUUUGCACCUAGUCGUCAGCUGUUCCAUGUACUGGCUUAUUGGCUGGCGUUUGUCGUUCAGCGAUGGCAAUUUUUUUACCGGCUAUAUCAGCUCGAGAAACUCGACAACAGCAGAGUACAGCUACAGCGACAGCGACAGCUACCAAUCUCCUGCUAAUACUAUGCAGUCUGCUCCGCUGCAGCCAUCGGCGCAAUCGCAAUCGCAAUCGCUGUAUACGGCUCUUGUAAUCGCAACACCAGUUACGCUAAUAUCGGCCGUCCUGCUGGAAAGGUGUAACGCCAUAACCUUCCUCAUUUAUAGCGUCUUAAUAUCAGGCGUGAUUCAUCCGAUAUGCAUUCAUUGGACUUGGACUGCUCAGGGUUGGUUGCGCAACUUGGGCUACGUCGAUUUUUCCGGAGCUGGCGUGGUUUUCGCUUUUGCCGGCGCAUCGUGUUUCAUCGUGUCCGUAAUGAUGGGUCCUAGACAAGGCAGGUUCAACGAAAAUUCCGAAAUAUCGCCCAUAUAUUCGACUUCGCUUUUCGGCACCGGAGUGAUGUUAUCGGUAGUCGGUCUGAUCUCUUUCAACUGCGGCGCAUUACAUCGUACGAGUACGAGUACGAGUAUGGACGGCGCCCAAGACAGCGGCGAUGGCGAUGGCGAUGGCGCUAGCGUUAGCGUCGAUUCGUUAAACAAAAUCAUACAAAAUACGAUCGUAGGAGGAGCUGGUGGUUGUUUAGUAGCGCUGGCCAUAGGCAGGAUGAGGAUUCAACAAUCGCUUUGGUUACUGAGUAAUACGGCCAAUGGAUGUUUCUCAGCUAUGGUGGCGGUUAGCGCAGCUGCAUUCGCGUACAGCGCUCUCGAAUCUUUCACAAUCGGCAUGAUAAGCGCUGUAAUAUUUACGGCUUUGCGUUAUUUUAUACUACUGCUAAAAAUCGAUGAUCCAAUUGACGCAUGUCCGGUGUAUUUCGGAGGUGGAGUUUGGGGUAUGGUCGCUAUGAAAAUAUUCUCCCGCGAUGGCAUGCUACAUUCGGAAAAUCCCAGUAACGAUCUGUGGUCUUUACUGAUAAAUUUUGCCGGAGUAACAGCCAUUUGCUUAUGGUCAGCCAUAUGGACGAUAAUAACGACUUUACUCGUCAAAGGAGUGCAAAAAUUUGCGCAGAAAGAAGAGCCGGAAGCACCUGAUACGUCAAACUUGUAUCAAGAAGACUCGUGUUACAUAGAAGCAUUGCCGAUGCCGAUGCCGGUGCCGAUGGCGUAUCCAGUCGCCAAUGUUACCAACGUUAAUGACGCGAUGAAAUCUUCCGACAGAGACGAAUACAUUUCACGGCUCAAAAGUAACACGCGAAAAAUUUUGAAUACAGAUUUCCACCCUUACGAAAACUUGGCGCUCGAUAUGGAACUUCAAAUUCGAAGGUAAUCGACGCGACGUGACGAUGACGUGGCGUUAUUUAUCAUUUACGAGUAGUAUUUAAUGUAGGUUCUCGUAUUUGUAUCUAUCAAUGCGAAUGUAGAGAUAAGUAAUCACACCCACGCGUGAUGACGUAUAGGUGACCUCACACUCACACGCUCACCUGUCGCUGAGAAACCAAACCAAUAAUUACCUAUACGAUUACGUACGUUACGUACGAGUAUGUAACGAAAGAAAGAAUAAACGUUUUCACAUUC